AGCGGCGAGGAUGGGGCUGAGCCGGGCCUAGCGGGGCGGCGGGCAGCUGCUGCCAUGAGCGGAGCUGCUAGCGGUGAGGGCGGGAGCGGGGACCCCACAGCCCGCUGGGGGAGAUGGAAGCUGCUGGCCCUGGGCCUUCUCUCCGCCUCCUCGGUGCUGGCAGCCGCCCCGGGCGCCGGAGCCAUGAGCAGGGAGGAAAAGCGCCGGCUCGGGAAUCAAGUGUUAGAAAUGUUUGAUCAUGCUUAUAGCAAUUACAUGGAACAUGCCUACCCAGCUGAUGAACUCAUGCCUUUAACUUGCCGUGGACGGGUUCGGGGUCGGGAACCAAGUCGUGGGGAUGUAGACGAUGCCUUGGGAAAGUUUUCACUGACAUUGAUUGAUACCUUGGACACUCUUGUGGUGUUAAAUAAAACCAAAGAGUUUGAAGAUGCUGUAAAAAAUGUGAUAAAAGAUGUUAAUUUAGAUAAUGACAUAGUUGUAUCAGUGUUUGAAACUAACAUAAGAGUCCUUGGAGGUCUUUUAGGUGGGCACUCUGUGGCAAUUAUGCUGAAAGAAAAAGGUGAAUACAUGCAGUGGUACAGUGGUGAACUUCUCCACAUGGCAAAACAACUGGGCUACAAACUUUUACCUGCUUUUAACACUACUAGUGGUCUCCCUUAUCCAAGAGUUAAUUUAAAAUUUGGUUUAAGAAGUCCAGAAGCUCGAACAGGAACAGAGACUGAUACCUGUACAGCUUGUGCAGGUACCUUGAUACUUGAGUUUGCUGCUCUAAGCCGAUUCACAGGAACAUCAAUAUUUGAGGAAUAUGCACGGAAGGCACUUGAUUUUCUUUGGGAAAAAAGACAACGCAACAGUAAUUUAGUGGGAGUUACCAUUAAUAUACAUACUGGAGACUGGGUCCGCAAAGAUAGUGGAGUUGGAGCAGGAAUAGACUCGUAUUAUGAAUAUUUAUUAAAAGCCUAUGUCUUGCUUGGAGAUGACCGUUUCCUGGAAAGAUUUAAUACACACUAUGAUGCCAUAAUGAGGUACAUUAGUCAACCACCUCUUCUGCUUGAUGUUCAUAUUCACAAACCAAUGCUAAAUGCUCGGACCUGGAUGGAUUCUUUGCUUGCGUUCUUCCCAGGCUUGCAGGUAUUGAAAGGUGACAUUAGACCUGCUAUUGAAACUCAUGAGAUGUUAUAUCAGGUGAUAAAAAAGCAUAACUUUCUUCCUGAGGCUUUCACAACCGACUUCAGGGUUCAUUGGGCUCAGCACCCUUUAAGACCAGAAUUUGCAGAAAGCACCUAUUUCUUGUAUAAAGCUACUGGGGACCCUUACUACCUAGAAGUAGGAAAAACGCUCAUUGAAAAUUUAAACAAAUAUGCUAGAGUACCUUGUGGAUUUGCUGCAAUGAAGGAUGUUCGUACUGGAAGCCAUGAGGACAGAAUGGAUUCUUUCUUCCUGGCUGAGAUGUUUAAAUACCUUUACCUGCUCUUUGCUGAUAAGGAAGACAUGGUUUUUGAUAUAGAAGAUUAUAUCUUCACUACAGAGGCUCAUCUACUGCCUCUUUGGCUCUCUACUACAAACCAAACAAUGUCUAAGAAAAAUACAAUAAUGUACCAGUAUGAAACUUUGAUCCUUACCAUCUUUGGCAGAGAAGAGAGUUUUGGGAGUGGACCAAAACCACCACUGAGAGCCAGGGAUUUCAUGGCCAGUAACCCUGAGCAUUUGGAGAUACUGAAGAAGAUGGGAGUCAGUUUGAUUCACCUCAAAGAUGGAAGAGUACAAUUAGUGCAGCAUGCAAUUCAAGCAGCAAGUUCACUUGAUGCUGAAGAUGGUUUGCGAUUCAUGCAGGAAAUGAUUGAACUGUCCAGUCAGCAACAAAAAGAGCAGCAGCUACCCCCACGUGCUGUUCAAAUUGUUUCCCACCCAUUCUUUGGCAGGGUAGUAUUGACAGCUGGGCCAGCACAAUUUGGAAUGGACCUAUCCAAACACAACGUAGGGACAAGAGGAUUUGUUGCAACCAGUAAACCUUACAAUGGAUGCUCGGAGAUCACUAAUCCUGAAGCAGUGAAGGAGAAAAUUGCUUUGAUGCAGAGAGGCCAGUGCAUGUUUGCUGAAAAGGCACGAAACAUCCAAAAAGCUGGAGCAAUAGGGGGCAUUGUUAUUGAUGACAAUGAGGGAAGCAGCAGCGACACUGCUCCUCUAUUCCAAAUGGCUGGUGAUGGAAAGAAUACAGAUGAUAUCAAAAUCCCCAUGCUCUUCCUGUUCAACAAAGAAGGAAAUAUUAUACUUGAUGCAAUCAGAGAAUAUGAGUCUGUAGAAGUGCUUCUCUCUGAUAAAGCAAAAGACAGAGAUCUGGAAAUGGAAAACAUGGACCAGAAGUCAUCUGAAAAUGAUUCACAUAAGCAGAGACCAGAAGAGACUUCAGCAUCUCAGGACCUCAGCUUGGCCAGUCAAGAGCCUGAGGGAGAAGAAAGUUCUGAUGUUACUCACCUUGAUUCAUUAUCUCCGGUUGAUGCAGACAGUGAUAGCAUUUCCAUUUCAAACCAGGAGUCCUGUAUCACAGAAAUCCAUGAGGCUAAUGUUCAAGAGACAGAAAGUACAGAAUUAGAUAACCAGCCUCAGGAACAAUCUCAGACUGAGACAGAUUCCAGCUCCAAUGUUAAUUGGGAUAAUAAAGUCCAGCCUAUGGAAUCCAUAUUAGCAGAUUGGAAUGAAGAUAUAGAAGCAUUUGAAAUGAUGGAAAAGGAUGAACUAUGACUUCUAAUAACUUAUUUGUGGAUAAACAAAAUGGUGAAUUUGUUGGGUAAAAGUAAGGCCCUAAUAUCUAAGAAUUAGAAAUUGUUCAGUAUUGUGAUGAGCAACCAGGUUUCGCCUGGAUAAUAUAAUAGAAACCCAGCACAUGUUAUAAUUUAUAUAGUUUUAAUUUUUCCUGUUUUGAAAUGGGAAUGUGCAAUUGAACUGUUUGUAUGGCUCUGUUGCAUGGUGCUGUAAUACAGGAGGUUUCAUUCAGGGAAUUAAUCAGAUUUCUGCAUUCCAGGCAUCCGGAGAGCAGAUUGCCUUGGCCUCUGGAAAGGUAGAAGUUGAAUGUAAUGGGAUUAAUGCACCACUUGUUGGCUGGUUAUGGCACUUGAAGGCAAUAGUCAGAGGCUAUUCUAGUUGAAGGUGCAGUUUCACUGAUAAAGGCCUUUAUGGAGAGAAAUAGGUGAAAUUGUGAGACAUUUCCAGCUGUAAUGUCUUUAAGACACAGCUAGAAACAGCUCAGUUUGUCCUGACAUUUAUAUCCUAAUAAGAUAUAGCAGUGUUGCUUAUCACUCCUUCCAUCUGUUGUUUUGAAGAAUGACCAAGAUGACUUGGAUUUUUCCUCUUCUGCUCUUAUUUCAACUAGAGAGGCUGUAUAAACCAAAGGUAACAUGCUCUACUAGGAAGCUCUUUUAGGAAAAUUAAGAAAGCUUUGCUAAUUAGAGGACUAGUACAUAAAGGUUCACAGUGAUUAUGAAGAUUGUUACUUGAAUUAAGGUAAAUUGGGCAAAACACAGUUUAAUACAAUUUUUCCUUUUUGGCCUUCCAUGCUUAAAGUUAUCAAGCUUAAAACUACCUUAAAACACACAACUUAGCAUUAUUAUUGUUCUCUGAAAAUAGAUAAUAGAUGAGAAUUUCAAUGACGAUUUCUGUUUUCUCUACAAGAAAUAUAUCUGUCUACACUUGGGCAAGAAGGCUAGUAUCAAUAGUGAAGCACAACUGUUUACCUUUAGCUGUUGGGUCCAUAAUUCAAAAUUUAGUGGUGUGAAGUCAAAGAAUAAUUGAUACGAUACUUCUGUUUUUUGUUGUUGUUUUUUAAAUACAGGUAAGCAUGGUUCCUAAUUGAUCAUGUUUUCGGACGCAUCCUCCAAUUAAACCACAAAUCUGAUUAAGCAAACAAGAAGCAGUUAGCUUAACUGUGUCCAAAUUAAAACUGCCAAAAUUCUAGUUUAAGUUGAUAUAUAGACACGGGUUUUAGUUAAUUAUGGCUCAAUUCAGUAUUUAAUCUGUUUUUUCCUUUUCAGAGAGAGACUUAACACUGCCUAUAUCAUGCACCAGACUAAAACUGAAAGUUUUUAUAUUUAUAUAUAAUCUUUAUAC